GCUAGAGGAAACUGUAGAUCAGAAGUCUGUUAUCAGAUCACAGAACGGAACGAAUGGAUGCAGCUCCGCUUUAGAAUGGAGUUAAAAAUAUGCAUUGUUUAAGAAUCUACUAAAAGAUUGUGGAAGUCAAAAAAUGGCUAGUCAAUACCCAUUGAAAGGAUGCUUACAUCCAAAGAUUAUUUCCAUGAUCUGGUUGAUUGUUUUAUCCAAUGUGCCAUACAGCAUGCCAUCACAUGAUGUGGAUUGUAUUUUUUACAAUGAAAAAUUUAUGGAGUGUACCUGGAACCAAUCUGGAGAGAUGAUAAACUAUACCCUCUACACCUGGUAUAGCAAAGAACCACCACAGGAAUGCAAGAGCUACAUUCACCAACAUGGCUACAACGUAGGAUGCUAUUUCUCAACCAGUGAGAUACGACAAUUCAAAAGCUUUUACGUUUUCAGAAAUGGCUCAGGAACUAUUUCAGGAGAACCCCAAAUGUUUCAGCUCCAGAACCAAGUCAAACCCUUUGCUCCUGAGAACCUGGUGGUGAAUGUCACGAAAAAGAACGGGCUCAUCCUGAGUUGGGUUUCCACAAUGCCAAACCUCAAUUGCAUGGAGUUUGAAGUCAGGUACCGGAAUGACAAGGACAAGGAAUGGCAGAAAGCUACUGUCAUGCAACAAACAGACUUCAAUUUAGUAAGUGUGGAUCCAGAGAAGCUCUACACCUUUCAAGUGAAAAGCAAGAUUAACAAAUACUGCGGCACGACAAAAUUGUGGAGUGAGUGGAGUCUCCUGGUUACUGGGGGAGAAACGACACCCAAACAGAAGAUUCAAAAGACGUAACCCACACGUAUAUCACUGUGAUUUCCCUCGCUGGAGUAGUCAUACUUAUGAUUUGUUUAAUAAGGAGUGAAAGGUUGAAAGUGAUUAUCAUCCCAAAGAUUCCGAAUCCAGGCCGAAAUUUUGACCCUCUUUUUAACAACCACAAUGGGAACUUUCAGGUAAGAAGA